AUGAGCUUAUUAGGUGGUAGGUUUAUCGAGAAAAAACUCACUGAUAAGGAGCUAGAGUAUUAUGCAAACCACUUAUCAGAAAUAAGUGAUGGAUCAGUGGAUUUCGAUUCCGAUGAUAGCAUUGCCGAUCCAGACUUUUGCAGCGGCAGUGAAAUUUCGAGUGAGCAGUCUGAGAGUGAUCAGGAGAUUGAUUCAGAUAGUGAUGAUAUUGGGUUUGCUGAGUUCAUUCAUCAGAAUGAAGAAGAUUUGAGCUUAUUUUGGUCGGAUUGUGUUUUGCAGUUUAAAAAAUUUCAGUUCACAGGAACCCAAGGAACAUUAAUUCCAAUUGAAGGCAAAGAUGUACGAGAUAUAUAUAGGUUAUUUCUGACAGAUGAAAUAGUACAACUUAUGGUCCAGCAAACCAAUGUGCGUGCACGUGAAAUAAUAGCAAAUAAGAAACCACGAACAUCUUCCCGCUUUUCCAGAUGGCAUGACACCAAUGAAGAUGAAAUGGAAUUGUUUAUUGGAGUCAUCAUGCUAAUGGGAGUUAUCAAUUUUCCAACCAUUGAGAGCUACUGGAAAAAAGAUUCAAUUUAUUACCACGAAAUAUUUCACAAAAUACCAAUCAGCUACAAUCGAUUUACACUACUCCUCAAAUGCUGGCAUUUUCAGGACAAUACACUUCCGUCCACCAGUAGGCUGGAUAAAAUAAAUCCAAUAUUGAGCAUCAUUCAAAACAACAUAAAAACUGUUUAUUGUCCUGGUGAUACUGUGGUGGUAGACGAAACAAUGGUGCCUUUUCGCGGACGUCUAAAAUUCAGACAAUAUAAUCCUUCCAAAGCUCGCUGCUCUUAUGGAAUCAAGUUGUACAAGGUAUGUACUCCAAAUGGGUAUACCUGGCAUCUAAAAAUAUAUGACGGUGUAUCAACCGCCAUUGAUGGGCUUCAUUUACCAGGAAGCACUGUAGUGGAAUUAGUGAGACCUCUUUUAAAUGAAGGCAGAAUGGUAAUUACUGAUAACUACUACACUAGCCUGCAACUUGCAAAAUAUCUCUAUGAUCGAAACACCCACCUAUUGGGAACAUUACGCAAAAAUAGGCGUGGUCUGCCAGAAGAAGUAAUUAUACACAACUUACGCAAGGGCGAAAUAAUCUCAAGACAAAAUGGCUGUAUUACUGUUUCAAAAUGGAAAGACCAGCGUGACGUUCUUUUUCUCUCAACUGUUCAUGAUGAUGAAAUGAAAACUUGUGGAAAAAAAAGAAAUGGCGAAGAUAAGAUUAAACCUUCUGCCAUUUUGGACUGGAAUAAAGGAAAACAAGGGGUGGAUAUAUCUGAUCAGUUUGCCAGCUACUACACUUGUCUGAGAAAUUCAUUGACAUGGUAUAAAAAACUCGCCAUAGAGAUUAUUUGUGGAACACUCGUUGUAAACACUCUGAUUAUAUAUAAUGAACAACGUCCAAAAAAAGAACAAGUAUCUCUUUUGCAAAUCAGACAAUCCCUAAUAAGCGAGAUGUUAAAAAGAAAAUCUAAUAACGAUGGCGGUUCUGGAGGCAAGACCAAAAAAACUAUUCACAUACUAGAAGAACUGCCUAGAGAUAAUAACAAACUCUACAGAAAGCGUUGCCACGGAUGCUAUGGGAAACUGCGCGGAAACAAUUCGGCAUCAGAAUCUGCAAAAAAAGCUAAGAGGGUCAACACUAUCUGCAAAUCCUGCAAUCAAGCAUUUUGCGUGCCUUGCUUUGGAGAAAACCAUUAG